UAGACUUGCAACAGGGAAGCUACAUACAUGGACAUUAUUCAUGUUCAAAGUGUUUUGAAACUGAAUUUUCAAGAAGAAGAGCAAUAAUUGCCAAUAUGGAUAAAGUUCUAUCAAGGAAUGUUAUCAUGUGCUACAGAAAGCUGCUAAGUCAUCAUCAUCACCAGUGCAUUAGAUUCAAACAGCUUGGGUCACUUCAACAAGUCAUAGCUGGAGGGAGUCAGCAUCAACCUAGACAGUGCCAUGUUGAUGCUUCCAGCAAGGGAUCAGUACAAAAAGGGUUAAUACAAGAAGAUAAUAAAGGCAAACGAAAAGAAGGAGGGAAUGACAUAGGAGAUAAUGGACUCACUCCAUCACCUCAGAAUAGAAGUGUUCAACCACAGUCUUUAACUGAUAAUCAGGGAAAUAUGACAGAGAAUUCUGGAGAUGAUACUAAACCUACAGGAUCAGUAUCCAUUGUUGAGGACUCUUCAAGCUCACUAGCCAGUAGCAGUAGUAGUGGUGCUGGUGGUAGCGACAAGAACGACUCCUUGAGUGACACUUCGGAAAAAACACUUGCCAGUGAUGAUGAGAAAUCUAGGAGGAAGGAGCCCCCAGUGGCCCCCGACCCUGAGACCUGCUGCGAAAGUGGUUGCGUCAACUGUGUCUGGAUCAAGUAUGCAGAAGAGGUCAAAGACUACUACCCAGAUGGCCAGGAUCACCAGGAAAGACUAAAAGAAAUUUUGGAUUUGAUCGAGGAUUAUAACGUCAAAAUGUUUGUCCGGAUGGAACUAGGGAUAAAGAAGUAGUCAAGAAUGACCUCUGACCCUGAGACCUGCCGUGAGAGCGAAGUAGCGAAGUAGGCAAGAGUGAUGAGCAUGGAUUGGAAUAGAAUGGAAUUGUUUUUUAUCCACUCUUCUUGAGGAAAGAGGCCCUCAUUCACAUUUAUUCUUGAUGCCCUCCAAUUGCUCACUCAUCUUAGUUUAAACUGAUAAAUUUCUCAUAUGAAUAGAAAUUUAUGCAAAAAUAUAGGCCUUAUAUAGCUGUUAAUGGGGAAUUCAAUAUAUUUUCUCUAUGAUGGGUGGCUUGGAAUGACUUAUAUUUAUGUCUAAUGUGCAUAUUUGAGUUUAUUGCAAAAUGUGCACUGUGCAAAUCUUAUUCAGAAUGAGAGAUGACAAGCUACAAUAGCAUUUUAAAAUUAAAUAUGUCUUGGGAUUAAAGGAGCCUCAUGUAUAGCCAGUACUUCCAACGUUGCUAAAUUAUUUUAACUGUGUGCUCCAUGCAUUAAUGUGACAGUUUUGUAAAAAAAGAGGUCAUCAGGGUACAUGCAUGUUAUUUAAGAUGACACUCAGAUGUUUUUGCAUGUUUAUAAUAUGUAUUAAUCGUUAAUAAUUUAACAAACACUUGCUUGUCUUUGCAUGCCUUACAACCCUUUAACAUUAUUUGAAGGAAUGCUGAUGUAUUGUUAAAUACGGUAAACAAUUUAAAACAGUUAAAGGUAAGGUUAGCGUGUG